GUUAGGUCCAGGGGCGGGGCAAAUAAGGGGUCAGCCAAGAGUAUUGGUCCAAGACCCACAAAUACAUCAGGAUUUUCCCUCCUCCGUCAGCUUCCUAAACCCCAAUGAGGUCAUAGCGAUGAGAGAGAAUCAGAUCAAGAGAGAGGGGGAGGAAGAGGAGGAGGACGGAGAAAAAAAACCCAGACGGAAAGAGGCCAUCAGACAAGGUCGCGUUUUCUGGCGAUACAGCAAGUGCAAGAAAUGUGGUGCUUAGCACCAUCUACCUGCUCUGCCUGGAGACCUAGGGAUUCACAGAAGCACUUUGCGAUGCCAGGAAAACAAAGGAGGGGAGACAAGAGGUCUGACGGAGAGGAGUUGUGAGCAGUCCCCCUUUAUCUCUAGGAAGCCAAGCUCUGUUCCUCCACUGGGAAAGAGGAGGGAGCCUGAGAGGUUUAGGAAGCUCCUGGGAGCGCAGAACACAGACGCAGCAGAACUCUGGACAGCGCCUUGAAGCUGCUAGGGCUCACAUCCAGUCUGCUCUUCAGUGACCGGCUCCCCUGUGCUGGCUUCUGGACUCCCACCCACCGCCGGCGGUUCCUGUGUGAAAGUGCCAGCCCUUUCUCCUCUGGCCUGGCCACGGAAAUGGUUCUCUGGUUCUGGAAAUCCAGACAUUUUGGAUAAUGUUUUGUUGGUGAAGAGAGAAAAGUUUGAGGAUUUGGACUGUGGUAGGGGGUGGAAGGGGCUAAGGAGGACUUUGGAAGAAAGAAGGUGGAUGAUUGGCUUCCUUCUCUGAGCUGGAAGGAAUGAUGACUCAAGGAGGAUGUGCACCAGCAGCCAGAUUAUUGGGAGCCUCUUGGUGCUCUCUGUGCUGGAGAUAGGGCUCGGGGUGUCCAGCGUGGCUGUGGGGGCAGUCAGCUUCAGCCUGGCCCUCCGAGAGCACACACCGCAGCUCGGAGACUCGUCCCCGGUAUGGAGCGGGGUGUGUUUUCUUCUUUGUGGCAUAUGUGGAAUACUGUGCGCCAAAAAAAAAUCAGGACUUGUUAUGAUCCUCUUUUCAGCCUGUUGUAUCUGUGGACUCAUUGGAGGCAUCCUGAAUUUUCAGUUUCUUCGGGCAGUCACAAAGAAGACCUCAUCCAUGUACCCACUGCACCUUGCUUCCAUGUCUUUGGCGUGUAUUGGCAUUGGGGGCUGUACUUUGUCCUCCUGGCUAACUUGUCGUCUAGCCAGCUAUGAGCAAAGGAGAAUGUUCUCGGAAAGGGAACAUUCCCUGCACCACUCUCAUGAAAUGGCUGAGAAAGAAAUGACAGACAACAUGAGCAAUGGAGGACCACAGCUGAUAAUUAAUGGAAGAGUACAAUCAAUGUUUUAAAGAACUGAACAUUUUUCAGGUUGUUUAUGGGGCAGGAGAGGCUGAAGGCCUGAGAGCUGCAGUUAAAAUGUUUCUUGGAUUUGCUGUUAUUUCUCCUGAGAAUCCACUAAAAUUUUCCCUUCUCAAUUUUUGCCUCAUUUAUCCUCCAGCCUUUUCUAUAGGGUGAAAACUUUCCAGGAACAUCAUAGGUUAGUCUUCUUAGCAGACUGAAACAUUUUUCUAAAGAAAACUCUUUCAGAACAAUAAAGAAUAGCAGUGAUAAAUACUGUAUACAAACAACAUUUGACUAGCAUGAACUUUAGAAUUGUAAUUGCAUAUUUAAUUAAUAGUUCAAAGGUAAACACAUCAAAAGCUAACAAUAACAUAUCGAUGUCUUUUUUUGAAAGACAAAUGACUUCAAGUAUGCUAAAAAUCAAAACCUCAGUAAUGCCUUGUAACAACAUUGCAAUUAAUUUCAAUUUGUGAAUGAACUAUAUUUCAUAGUUUAUUUGUAAAUUACAAAAUGCAUCAUCAAAUGUGAUUUUUUAGUGAAAAAUAUGAUUCUGUAUGAUAUUUUUGCACUUUUCCACAAGUGAAAAAUUAUAAGUGAUAUUAUGUAAGGAAAAUAAAUGUUUUCAUUAUGCUGUGCAGAUUGAUCUGCAUGUCCAUGAAUGAAUCUAAGAAUAAAGUAUGUGUUUAUACAUAGAUGUAUAUAUACUGUAUAUAGAAAAUACACACAGCAUAUAUUUAUAGCUACAUGAAUGUAAGUAGAUAAUAGGAAAAAAUUAUGAUGGUAUGGGUAUUCUAUCAGUUAUGGGAAGGCCAUUGCUCAAAGAUUUCUAAGCCUACAAAGUCACAUAGUUAAUUUCUAUUCUAUCUGUCCAUUUCCUUCUUUUUUCUUAAAUCUAUUGUGUGUAGAUAGUAUUAUGACUUACAUGUAUAGAACCAAGUGUCAUGAAUACUGAAGUAUAAAUAUAAAUUAUUUAGUUGUUGGGUAUUUUACUGUGAUUAUGCUAUUUUUGUAAAAGUAAUUGUUAAUAUUGAUUUAUAAAUAUCACUUCAGUCAUGUAAGUCUCUAUAAACAAAAAAUAUUAUUUAGGAUUAUUCUGGAUAUGAUUAUUUCAAAUAACUUUCAUCCAAAUUAAAUUGUAUAGAAAGGAAGAUGAUUUACCACUGCUGUGGAUAUCGCUCUGUAUAAAUAAAAUGCUUUUUGGCCAAUGG